UUGGGGUCUUGGAAGUGUUAGUAAUUUUUUAUUUGUAGAUGCCACUUUUUCUGACAAGCUUUGUUCUAAUCCUCAAGGUGUUAAUUUUCUACUCCUGACUACACACGAGGGAUAUUCUAGCUUACGUCAAGCUUGAAACAUGAUUAUAUCCAUGUUAAGCAUAAUUAUCCCAUAUUCUGAAGAUUUCUAGACAAUUUAUGUCUAUGGCAUACUAUUUUCUGUUGCUUAUGAUAACUGAGCAUGAGCAGAAACAGAUUGUAUUUUCUCACAAAAUUUGUUUUAAACCAGCCGAUCGAAACCAAUCACUAGUAUUCGAAGCUGUUGUCCUCUAGCCUAACAUGAAUACCAUAGUAGAUUUUAAAUCAUAAGAUGUUUUUAAUUGCCUCAUUGAGCACACCCUGGUUAGUGGCGGUUUUGUUUCUAAAUUUAUGGCCUAAGAUUGAUAACGAAAAUUUCCUGGAUGGUGAAAGAGGUGGUUUGUUGUGUUGUACAUGGAGGGGUUGAACCGUUGAAGAUUGGUUAAGUUGGGAUUUAAGCAUUUAUUCUGCAAGCUCUAAGGAGCUGAUUGAAGAUAUAUUGCAUGCGAUUUUAUUUUGCAAAAUGAAGCAACCUCUUAACCGAUGUCCUUUGUUAUAUUGAAUUUGUUAUAUCGAAUCAUGUUAAUAUGCUAAUGGAUGGGCUUAUGCCUCAGGCGUAUUAGUUGCACUUUCUUGACUGUAGGUAUGAAAUGCUGGUAAUCCUUUUAUAUUCAUUGAAGGAAUAGUUAAAGGUCAAUUAUCUGAGCAGUAAACUUGUAGUUUUAUAGAUGCCGGCUAGAGGCUUUUCCUUUUUUUGAAAGUAAUGGUGGAUAUAGUAUGUACAAAAAGAUGGGAGUUCUUUUAACAGUAUACGUGCUAAGGAAGUUAGAUAGGAUGUAUAUUUUUUGCAUUAAACGCUGGAGAUAUUGAUUUGUCUCGUGAUAUAUGGGACCCUGGCUAUUACAAUAUGCUGCUUGUUAUUGUACUAAUUUUGUGUUUUGAUUCAAGAACGGAAAAUUUUAACUUUAUCUCUAUGGAAGCACAGAAAUAACAAAGAAAAUAUAUUGCUGAUAAAUUCUAAUGAUGCAUUCUAACAUACUGAUUUUUACUUUGUGCUUUGAUUUUUGGCAUUCCCGUAUUGGUAAAUCGUACUGUAUUUUAUAUGACUUGCUAUUAUCUGAUUAUUUCUUCUUUGGCUUCUUUUUUAGUGCUGUGCUGAUUUCUUUGCCCAGACAGGCUAAAACUGUUACAAAAGCACUAAAAUAGAGCGAGUAGAAGCUAAGCACACAUCAGAGCUGAAUAUCUCUUCCAUAUUCAGUCUGCAUAUGCUGGUCUGCAUCUGUAGAAUCUACUUUAGUACAGUAUAAUUUUGCAUGAUUUAUAUUGAGAUCAAGCUCAAAAGGCACGCGAGCACACUAAAUGGAACUUGACCUGUUAAAAGAAGCAUUUGACCGAGUUGCCAAAAAGCAGAAGCAAUCAUCCUCCAAAACACUAGAUAUUGUCAACCAGAUCGAGAAAGAAAUCGAGCAAGCAAUCACGAAAAUACAAACCACCUCCAACCACACUUCCGUCCUCACCGAACUAAAGGACAAACUAAAUGAGCUGGCCCCAAUGAACCAACUCGACAGCAAUCAGAAGGAUAUCAACUUGGCACUCGCCAAGUACACCAAGCUUCUCGAAAAAUGUUUUCAACCCGACAUCUCCAGGGCUUAUAGGAAUGUGGAUACCGAUCCGCAUGUAUUAAACGAGAUAAUCUCCACUCACUUCUAUCGACAGGGCCUUUUCGAUCUCGGUGACUGCUUCACAAACGAAGCCCGUGAGCCAAACGCUGCUUCUUUAAAACUUCCAUUUGUCGAAAUGUACCAAAUUCUCGAAUCCAUGAGGGAACGAGACCUUGAGCCUGCUCUCGCUUGGGCUGCCAAGAACCGUGGCCCACUUACCCAAAACGGGUCAACUCUUGAGCUGAAGCUCCACCAACUACAGUUUGUUGAGAUAUUAAAGAAGGGCAAUCGUGACGAAGCUCUCAAGUAUGCAAGAACACACUUAGCUCGUUUUGCCGCCACCCACAAAGGUUCAAUCCAAAAGUUGAUGGCAUGUCUCUUGUGGGCCGGGCGGCUUGACCAGUCACCCUACACCGAGUUCACAGCCCAGGCCCAGUGGGAAGAGCUGGCCCACGAGCUGGCCCGACAAUUCUGUGGACUUUUAGGGCAAUCCUAUGAAUCUCCGCUCGAAGUUGCAAUAUCUGCAGGGGUGCAAGGGCUUCCGACUUUGUUAAAGCUGAGUACAGUUAUGGCUGGAAAAAAGGAGGAGUGGCAGAACAUGAAACAGCUCCCAGUGGCACUCGAUUUGGGAAGGGAGUUCCAGUUCCACUCAGUGUUUGUGUGUCCGGUUUUACGCGAGCCAGCGAGCGAGGAGAACCCUCCGAUGCUGCUGCCAUGCGGGCACGUGCUUUCUAAGCAGUCGAUCGUGAAGCUCUCGAAGAGUAGUACGAGGCCUUUUAAAUGCCCAUAUUGCCCCUCGGAGGCGACAAUUUCGCAGUGCAGGCAACUGCAUUUCUAAUGCUAGUGUUCAAAUCAGGUCUGGUUUUUUACUUGGAACGGAUUUAUGUUCUUCUAAUGGUAGGAAGUGUCAGCCAUGUUCGAAAAUUUCCUGGGUAUCUUGUUGGGCAUUUGGGUAGCAUGAAUAAUUGCUUAUGCUAUGAUUUGUGUACAUAAAACCAUGUCGUACGAAAAGAAGUAUGUUUUCAUAUUACGAGUUACCUGUGAAAUUAACUUUGUUUCUUACCUGGUAA